GGGCAUCGGCGCAUCUGACAGCCAUUGGUGUGCGGGGGUUAGGGUGAUAUUGCGGUCGAUGAUCAUUUCGCCGCCUGCGGCUCCCGUCGGCCAGCUUCACAUCGCAACCGGGGUAGACGGAGAGCUGAAGCCUGAAAGGCCUCCCUCCCCCUCUUCGUCUGCGAUCCAGUGGCACGUGUCAGACGUGGUUCGCACAAGACGUUCCUGAGCGGCCCAGGGGUAAGCCUUGGGGUAUUGAUUUGCUUCUUUACUUAAGGUUGACGAUUGCCACACACAUCGCGAGAACCACCGUCCCUUCAUCCCGCACCCUCAAGACUCCCGCCGCAAGCCGCCCGCUCUCCCAUCCACUCCGCACCUCCGUCUCACCCCCGGACUCGGACCACGUGCCACAGCGUGCACCCAUCUCAUAUCACCAUGCGCGCUGACACCACCUUUGCGUUCCUUGCACAGGCUCUCGCCGUCCAGAGCGUGCGGAUCGUCCAGUCCAAUGACGAUGGGUGGGCAGAGCUCUAUGUUCGCUCCUUCAACGAUGCGCUGAGAGCCUCGGGUCAUGACGUCCUACUCUCGGCACCUGCUGAGAAUAAGUCCGGCUCCAGUUCCUUCGACGUUGAGCCGAGCCCGCGCACUAGCGCUUGCCAAUACAACAGCUGCGCAGCCAACAGCGGACCAGUCGGCUUCAAUGAGACCCGCAAGGACCUCCGCUGGGUCAACUCAUACCCAGUAACCUCCAUGCGUUACGGUAUCGAGCAGUUUGCUCCAGAGCAAUUCAAUGGCGCCGCCGUAGAACUCGCCGUCUCUGGCCCAAACGUUGGCUCCAAUCUCUGGCUCCAGGUUCCUUUCUCAGGCACUGUCGGUACCGCCGUCUACGCCUCGGGAACAAAGGGUAUCCCCUCCAUCGCCUUCUCCGGCUCCUCGAAUGGCACUCUCGCGUGGAACACGCUUCCUGUGCCUACGCGCAGCGCAGUCUACGCCGAGCUCGCGACCCGGCUGGUAGACGAGAUUGUGAGCGGGGGCGCUCCGUACUUACCGGAGAAGACAUGGUUGAAUGUCAAUUUCCCGGAAGUUAGCGACACGGAGUGUAAUGACCCGGAUCAGUUCAAGUGGGUCCUGAGCCGGAUCAACCCGGGUCUGCUGUCCGGUCCGGACGUGAGCACGUGCGGUGACGACGCGAGGUUGCCCGAGGAGAACACGGUCGUCGGCACGGCGGGAUGCUAUAUUUCAGUCAGCGUUGGUGAUUCAAAUGAUAAGACGACGGCGUCCAAGGAGAAGCAACAGCCUGUGCUGGAUCGGUUGUCAGGAUUCUUGUCUUGCUUGCCUUGAAGCGGUAGAGAAGGCGGGUUUCUUAACGAGAUAGUUGUGUCAUUGUAUGGCGGGUUAUAAAUGACGCAGGGAUGAUUUAGUCAUGCGAGGGCUUCGAGCUGUGAGCCGUUGUUGAAAGGGUCGACUUGAUUCUCGCGGAGAAGUUUCGAGUAGACUCGGUCACGUUUGCGUGAAAGUGCAUGGAUGAACUGGUGCAGGGCUGGUCGCCGCAUCCCAUAUAAAAAGGUUCCUACUGGAUGAGACGGAGGCUCUAUCCCACACACCGACAAUGGCGAGGGCGAGACCAACCGCGAAGUUACAGAGUGAGGUACCUCUAUUGCUGUGAACGUAAUUGCUACUGUAUGUAACCAAUCAUGAUAGCAAUACUAGACAUAUGCACUUAGUUCAACCGCACAAUCUACGGCUCAUCAUUAUUUCCCA